ACGCGACCAAUGCGCGCGCUCCCGAAAAAAGCGGCGUCGCCCGCUGCGGCCUACACGCUUUGGCACGGUCACCGACGGUUGCCCACGCGGGAAUAUGGUUCUGCAAUAUGUACCUGAAAAGCUGUAUGUUUCGCCACUUCGCUGUAGCAGCUGUCUGUCAACUAUGCGCUGUAAUGAUGGUGGCUUGUAAAACGAAGAGAUCUGACCAGUCUACUUAUGCAGAAGCGUAUUUAUUUUCGCGUGCAGCAGAAUGUGUGUCCGGCAUGGAAAACAUUUCGAGGGACUACAACAACAUGGUUGCGAAUGCGGUCUUCUGUAGCCAAAAAUGCCCUGACAUGCACAAGGACGACUUUGACCAGUAUGGUUAUGCGACGUUGGACAGAUACGCCUGUCGGGCGAAGUGUCAACGGAAGCUUCUCGAUGUGCCAGAUACCCCACAGCGUGUAAUUGAAUUCGCAGACGAGAUUUCGUACGACAGCCUUCGCCUCUGCACUGAACAGGCGAAUAUCUCUAAUCAACCUGGAAAGGGUAAGCAUGGUUCAGAAGGUGCAUACCCCGGCUACCAUCCAAGCAGCGUUUUCUUGCAGAAGAAUCACACAAACCACACAGUUAUUUGUGAGCAGGUGGAGGAAAUUGUUUCAAGCCUAUUCGGAUCACUCGAAGAGUGUCGGGCAGCUUGCGAAGACAACAACCUUCCAUCAGAUCCACGGAAGAGAUUUACGCUGCCUUUUACACGGUAUGCCAUAUCUGAGUUGGAAUGUAAGACUGGAUGUCUACUGUGGUUAGAACACUUCAAUGGGACGCACCAUCCCAGACUUUUGUCUGCGGCAUACGAGAACCUUCAGAUUUGUUACUACUAUAGUAAUCGCCUCCAAGGGGCGUCUUGGAAUACAAAGCCUUCACUUUACCCAAAAGACCUGGAUGUCUUAGUGAAGAAAGCAUUUGACGACCAACGACAACGGAUUCAGCGGGAGUGGUACUUUCUCAGACGGGAAGUGCUGCAGUAUUUGAAACCCUUGCAGGAAGAAAGAAAUAAAUUGAUGAAAUUGAGAGCAUUACUCAAAGAACAGCUGUUGCAAGCUCGAGCUGAUCUCGGAGAAACAGAUCUUGGAAAGGGCAUCACUAUCACUCGUGAUGAAGCAAAGCUGAAGGGUACAUCCAGGUUUGAAGCUGAAGGUUUUGUAUCCCAGGAAGAGUGCGAUAUGCUGUUCCAAAUGGGCCGCGCCUCAAGGGCACGGUUUUUUAUCGUACAUGAGGCAGCUGACAGGAAUUUGACUGUCAGGGGAAAUGGAUACGAUGGGAAGGAACAGCCUUUCUCAAAAUUCGAACUCUUCAAAGGCUUCUCACCUGAGAUGGCAGCACAGCUCAUUGCAAGCGGUCAGCUGAAGCCAGAGGCACCACGUGUCUUGUUGAAAUUGGCGGAGCGUGUUCGUGCUUAUAUAAAAGCUUACUUUCAACUUGAACGGGAGCUGUACUACUCCUACACGCACCUCGCCUGCCGUGAGGCACUUCCAGGGGCACAAGAGGGGAGGAAUGACAUGAGUCAUCCAGUCCAUGGAGACAACUGUAAUUUCGAAAAGAAUACGGGAAGGUGCACUAAAGAGAGUCCUGCAUACACUUGGAGAGAUUACAGUUCUGUCGUCUUUCUGAAUGGCGACAUUGAGGGAGGCGAAUUCAUCUUUGGCAGAAGCAUGCAUGACAGAGACGCAACAGUUGUACCAAAAUGUGGACGUGCGGUUGGCUUCGCUAGUGAAAACCUGCACGGAGUUCUGGCACUAAGGAAGGGUGAGCGCUGUAUUUUAGCCCUGUGGCUCACGUUUGACCCUCAGCACGAGGAAGGUGGCCUGACGGACGCUGCGAAGGUGAUCUACAGAGAGCAGCGAGAAGAGGCAUAGCUGCAAAGUUUGUGUCGGCCUCCCUGUUUUUGUGGGAAAUCAUACCUUGCAUAACAGUUGUGUAGAGCUAUAGUUGUGUUUUUAAAUUUAGGCACUAACGAAAAAUAGGCUCAAAUGAUAUUUUGGCAGCUUUGUGACAUACAUUAUUUACAGCUAUGUUUUUGUACGGUUCUAUUGUUGACUAUUAUUAUAUACCAAGUCGAGCUUCCAGACCUUUUUGGUGCUUUUGGUUACUGUACAGAUCUGAUGCUUGGAAUGGAAGCUCUGAAAAUAUACAUUUGUUAUGAAAGUGA